AUGUCUGAUGAAUUUGAAAAUAAUUUUGAAGAUUUGCUUCAUAAACCUACAAUCAAUACCAUAUCUGAUACUUUGAAUGAUGUUGACGUCUCUAAUCCUUUUCAUGAUGCAAUCUCACCAUUAAUUGCACCGGAAAAAAUAAAUGAAGAAACUGACUUCAUGAGCGAAUAUAGUGGUUCCAUAAACGAUGGCUUUGUAAAUAAUAUUACAAAUCCUUUAGAAAGUAUUUUGAGUUCAGACAUUUCUGAAAUCAAACUAUCUGAAGAGAAAGAUAUUAAUAAUUAUGAAGACAAAUAUAAUUAUUUUGCUGCUAAUGCUGACGAAAGAGAAUUCGAAGACGUGGACGUUUCAUCAACUAAGGAUCUUGAUGUUAUAUCUUCAGUUUCUAAUGAGAGUCAAACCAAUGAAAGGACUAACAAUUAUGAAGAAUUGUAUAAUGAUAAUAUUAUUAUCAACAAUAGUAGCAAUAGUAGUAAUGGUAGUAUUCAAGAACAAAAUGACAAUAACGAAAUUAAUUCUAACCAUUCUAAUCAACUUGAUGGCUCAGAAAAUGGGUUGAAUCCUCCUAUAUUUGAGAUUUCAGUGGAAGAUCCUCAAAAGAUUGGUGAUCCAAUUAAUGCUCACACUGUAUAUAAAACAACAUCAAAAGAUUUUAAAAACAACGAUUUUACAGUAUUGAGGAGAUACCGUGAUUUUUUAUGGUUAUAUGGUCAGCUUACGCUUAGAAAUCCAGGCGUAAUUGUUCCACCGCUUCCAGAAAAGCAUGUUAUAGGACGUUUUCAGGAUGAAUUUAUAGAAAAUCGCCGUCAGGCACUUGAAAAAUGUUUGAAAAAAAUUAUUUCACAUCCAAAAUUAUACAAAGAUCGAGAUUUGAAGAUAUUCUUAGAGUCUGAUAAUUUUAACAUCGAUGUAAGAAGCAGAGUACAAUCUAAGAGUGUUUUACAAUCAUUAGGCGAAGCUGUUUCUAAUGCUACUACUUUCAAUAAAUUUACUGAGAUGGACGAUUGGUUUGAAGGUCGUAAAAACCAAUUAGAUAUACUUGAAUCACAAUUGAAAACAUUGCUUAAAUCUGUCGAAUUAGUUGUUAGACAACAGAAAGAUCUCGGAGGUUCAACGAUUGAAUUUGGUGAUAGUUUGACUGCAUUAUCUGAUAUUGAGGCACGUCAAGAUGUUGUAACAUUGGAAAAUACUAUUGAAGAAUAUAUUCGUAUUAUUGGAUCAAUUAAAGUGGCUUUAAAUUCGAGAACUAAAGUUUAUCAAAAUUGGCAAAAUACUACAAAUGAUUUACAAAAGAAAAAAUCAAACUAUGAAAGAUUAAAAUCACGAAAUGGAUUAAGCCAAGAAAGACUUUCAUACAUGUUGGCCGUGAUUGCAGAGGGUGAAAAUAAAGUUGAAGAUUGUAGACAUGAAUUUGAAGAUGUUACAAAAUUGAUUAAAGCAGAAUUGGACAGGUUUGAUAAAGAAAGGGUUGAAGAUUUUAAAAACAGCAUUGAAUCAUUCUUAGAUUCUAUCAUAAAAACCAAAAAUGAGGUAAAUUAA